AGAAGAGGAUCUGAGGAGACUGGACCGGACUCGGAAUCCAGGAGGGGAAGUGGCGAGGGACCACUGGCGACAAAGGGGAGGGCUGUCGAGGCCCGCAGAGGGGGCGGGGCUUAAGCCGGGGACGGGCCGAGAGACUCGGGACCUUUCGCAGCUUGGCGGUGGUGCAUCGCGUCGCCAAGUCCACGGGUGCCUGUGCCCUUCCUACCCAGAGACCCACAAGCACUUUCCUCGAUCUGAAGCACCCGCCUUGUCGGGGCCACGUGGGGGCGCGGCAGACGGCAGGUUUCCUGUACUGCGCUGGCGCUUAGCCACACAGAGACCCUUUCGGAUUCUUGAUUCCCACUCCUAAACCAGCAGCUAGACAGGGACCCCAAGAGAACUCGCCUUCCACCUCACUGAGAAGGGCUCAUCUUUUCUCUACUGCAGUAGUUAGUUCCACCCAAGGACGCCCUGAUCCCAUCCGGACUGUGGCUAAACAGGUGACUGUCACCAAUGUCAGUUCAGAAUUCUGACUGGUCCCUCCAACAGGAUGGUCCUAUCUUCAGGGAGCCAGAUCCACCAGUCCACACAGACAGUGACUCAGUCCACCAGCCAGUGGAGGACUAUGCAGAUAACUUGGCUCAGGCUCCUACAUGCUCGAGGUUGGGCCCACCUUGCCUGGAUAUCAACCAAGCUUCAAACUGGCCUGGCUUUCGGACCCUCCUGCAACAGCUCCCUCCACAGGACAGUGAUGAACGCUACUGUCUAGCCCUAGGGGAGGAGGAACUGGCCCAGCUUCGACUCUUCUGUGCUCAGCGGAAGCAGAAAUCCCUGGGACAGGGGGUGGCCCGUCUACUGCCUCCUAAGCUGGAAGGAUAUACCUGUGAGAGGUGCAAGAAGCUGCUGACUCCAGGGGAGUGUGGAGUGUUCGCCGCCAGGGCUGGUGAGCGGUGCUGCUGGCACAGACCCUGCUUUGCUUGCCAGGCCUGUGGCCAGGCCCUCGUAAACCUCAUCUACUUCUACCAUGAUGGGCACCUGUACUGUGGCCGGCAUCAUGCAGAGUUGUUACGACCUCGAUGUCCAGCUUGUGACCAGCUGAUCUUCUCCCAGCGCUGCACUGAGGCUGAGGGACAGCAAUGGCACGAGAACCACUUCUGCUGCCAAGACUGCGCAGGGCCCCUGGAUGGGGGACGUUAUGCCCUGCCGGGGGGUAGCCCAUGUUGCCCCAGCUGCUUUGCGAGACGCUACAGAAGUGCGGGCUCUAGCUCAGUAGCGGCAGCGGAAGGACAAGCAUCCCUUGGGGAAGAAGGACCUGAUCCAAGCGUCGGCUGGAACCGUGCCUCCUCGAGUGACAAGAUCACCUCCCGAGCUGCUCUUCCCUCGGCAGUUACCAGUCUCACCCUGGAAACCCCGAGUGGGGCGUCCAAACGGCAGGAUAGAGACGGCCCACAGACACCCGGGGAUCCCAGAGACGGCAGCCCCUGCCCCACCUGCUCCUCUUCCUCUGAGUCGGAACCCGAAGGCUUUUUCUUUGGCCAGCGCCUUCCAGAUCCCUGGAAAACCCCCGAAAGCCUCCAAGCAGACGGCAGAGACCCCUCCAGGAAGCACUGCACCAUUUGUUAGUGGCGCGGCCUGGAGACCUGGGUAGUGGG